AUGAGCUCGCUUGUGCGUAAAUAUUUCUUCGUCGAGUAUGCAUCAAGACUUUACUUGAUACUCUUUUUUCAACUUUAUAUAAAUCCUUUACUUUUUUGGCCGGAGGAAAUCGGGAAAACUCCGGCUUUCAUCGACACUCUGAUCACAUAUCUCUAUUCGGUUUUCACGUUAAGCUGUCCAUUUGCUCAAAUGGCUCUUUCGGGAAAUCGAUUUUUAGCGGUGGCAUUUAAUGGACGAUUUUACUAUUUGAUGUCACAAAGGGAGACACUUCAAGUCGUGAUUUUGAUCGUCGCGCCGUUGCUUCUACAUUUCCCACAAUUGUUGCCUUCUUGUUCUCCAUACAACACCGAUUGCUACGGAGAAGUCGGUUUUGGGGGUUAUUGUCCACAAAUCGCGUGGAUUGCGGUAUUUGCCGCCUCGAUUUUCGGUCUAAUCACGAUAAUUAUGGAUAUUUGUGUGUGGCGGAUGUUGAAAAAAAGAAGGAAAGACGCCCAUCUCUUGAACAAUCCUGGAGAAAAAACUGAGCGACGACUGUGUCGUCAUAUGCUUCUCAAUCAUGUUUCCACGUUGAUCAUCGGCUUGAUUGUCAGUAUAAUCUCGGGAUCGCUCACAAAUGACGAGCUGUUGCAAGCGGUCAUUCAGACAAAUUUACACGUGCCGAUAGCUGCCGUGGUACAGGGGCCAGACGCAAUGGGCAACGUUCCGCCAUUCGUUGAUACACUAUUCACAACUCUUUACAUGAUUUUUUCCUUAUUAUGUCCAUUAGCUCAAAUGGCACUUUCUUGUAAUCGUUUAUUGGCUAUUGCAUUCAAUGGACGAUUCUACCGUUUCAUGUCACAGAAGGAGAUCGUUCAAAUCAUUGUUUUGGUUUCCACUCCAACACUCCUUCAUUUACCUCUACUUUUGCCUUGGUGUUCUUUAUACACCGACGAAGUGUAUUUCGAUGGUGGAUUUGGAGGAGAUUGCCAAAUAAUCCUUUGGAUAUCCGAAGGAUCGACAACUGUCAUCGGUGUGUUCACACUGCUUAGCGACAUUUGUGUGUGGUUGUUGUUGAGGAGGCGAAGGAAAGAUCUCAACCUCAUGCACAGUCCAAGCGAGAAAGCGGAAAGGCGACUCUGUUAUCAUGUGAGUACUCUACUAAAAUACUUGCUACUA